ACUUCACGUUACGUCUGGUCAGAGAGAGCAGCUAACGUGUGUUCACCGCUGAAAAUACUGUAUCAGUCUGUGAAUUUUCUCAUUAAGUAUUGCGAGGAUGAAGGUGGUAAGUAUGUGGAGACAAAUGAUCCAGAGGCUGUUUGGUAAGCGCACCAAAGUCCAGUCUUUUCCUAAGGAGGAGGUGAAGGAGAGUGGUUCAAAUGAUCUGGAUGAGAAUAAAGAACAGGAGCACCUGCAGGCAGAAAUGAAGGACAGCCACGAAAUCAUGCUGUCAGUUAACAUGAUUUUCAAAAAGCAUGCAGAGUGCACUGAGAAUCUUCUGAGGCAGAUGGAAAAACUGAGUGAUGUUAUUGAGAAAACAAGAAUGGCUAAGAUGGAAGUCAGGCAGGCUUCACAAGUUCUAGAAUCUUUCACUCCGUCAUCCUCUUUCAGGAUCCGGCUUCCAACUAUGAAAAAAACCCAGCAUUCCUCUGUGGACUCCAGUUUGCACCCUGAUAAUGAAAAGUCAUCCCAAGUCCCCAAGUUAGCAUGGGAUGCAAAUGAAAGCACAGAACCGACCUUUCUGACUGACUUUGAGAUGAAUGAAAUGGAGCUGCAAACUGUCGACGAGUCCACAGAACAGGAAACAGAAAGUCUUGCGAUCGAGAACGGUCCAGACGAACCACUUGAUGGAAAUAUACCCAGUCUGGAUAUAGACUUUCAUGCUGAGAUGGAUAAAUGGGUGAAGUUUGAACAGGAGGAGAAGUUGAAGCUAAAAAUUAAGAUGGCUGAGAUGAAGCAGAGAAGGCAGAUGGAAGCUAAAGAGCUCAAAUUGAAACUGAAGUUUUUGGAGAAGGAGGCCAAGCGUGAAAAGCAGGAGAGCAAAAAGAAGCUCAAGGAUCUGGAAAAGGAGGUUAAGAAUGAAAAAGCAAUGCUUCUCCUUAGGCUGAAAGAGCUAAAGAAGAAAGAGAAGAUGGAGAAAAAGGAGGAGUGUGAUGAGGACAAGAUGGAACAGCACAGGAACGAUGGUGAUGAGGAAAUGGAUGAAGUGCAAAACGAAAAUGUCCUAAAAAUAUUUAAAAAGGUUGGAUUUGGGAGACGUAAGGCAGUAGUGUAACGUAAGUUUACCACAUACAAGCACAACACAAAUGAGCUGGAAACGCCUUGAAGAUCGAUUGGCAGACAUUCAGCCAGACAGACAUGCACUGAUAAACCUCAAUAAAAGCAAUGCAUUAAAAAACUCACACAA